AUGCUGGGGCUCAGCUCCGCGGUCACAGUGUCACAGCGGGUGCGGGACCUGGCAGCGCUUCCCCGGCCACCUGCGGCCGCCGCUGCCCGCCCCGGCCGGCGCGGGGAGCUCCCGGCGCUCUCAUGCAUCUCCUUUAAAGGCCUUCUGUGCUCGGGCUCGGCCCCGGCCGCUCCGAGCGCCGCAGAUGCGGCCGCUCUGCCCCGCGGGAGCCCCGCAGCGCCGCCAGGGCCGAGCGCGGGCUCCGAGCCGGGCGCCAGCAUCUCCCUGCGCCGCUCGGGAGGAUCGGGAGGAGCUCAGGCAGUUAAGCAGAGCAGCUCGGAGCUCCUGCCGGGGUUCAGCCGGGAUUCCCUCCGCAGGGAGCAGCAGGCAGAGCUCUCCGGGCUCCCCCCGUCUCCGGAUGAAGGCAGGAUGAGCAGUGCCCAGGGACAGCCAGGUGGGGAUUUGGAUUUGGAUUUGGAUUUGGCCAGGAGCGAGCAGAGCGUGGAGCAAACCAGCCAGGAGCCGGGCAGGGCUGGGCAGGAGCAGCCUGUGCACCCUGGGGACAGUGACAGCACUAAAGGAGGUGAGGAUGCAGAAACCCCGGAGGAGCCGCUGCUGAGCCUCCCCAGUGAGCUCUCCGUGCUGGACAGGCUCGGCUUGCACAGGGUGGCUCUGACCGAGCAGGAUCUGGAGGCAGCCUUUGCCCACCUGGCCCUGGCGUUUCGCUGCGACGUGUUCACCCUGCAGCAGCGGGUGCAGGUGGAGAGACGGGCACGGGAUGCGGCGGAGGAAAACAUCCAGGAGGAGCUGGGGCAGUGCCGGGCUGCCCUGGAGAGGCUGGGCCGAUCCUGUGCCAGUGCAGGCUGCAAGGAGACGCUGGAGCAGCUGCAGCACAACCUGGCCGUGCUGGCAGCAGCCGUGGAGAGGGCAACCAGCGCUGCAGAGAAGCUGGGGGCUGUGCACCAGGAGGCCAGGAUGAGCCGGGCAGCAGAGGUGAUGGUGCAGCACGUGGAGAACCUGAAGCGGCACCACCAGCGGGAGCACGCGGAGCUGGAGGAGAUGAAGCGCCUGAUCCAGCAGAACUCCCGCAACCGGCAGCUGGCAGAGAGCCAGGAUGAUGUGGAGCCACGGCUGAGACCUCACCCCCUGAAGAGAACUUUCCAGCAGGGGUCUGCCCGCCGCAGGGUCAGCAUCGCCGUCAUCCCCAAGCAGCUCCUGCCAGGUGCCAGCCCUGAGAGCCGAGCAGCCCCAGCAGGUGACCUGGAGCCAGAGGGGGCCCAGCGCUGGCCCAGCACCCCCAGGAGCGAGCUGGAGCCACAGGGCCAGCACAGCGCCGUGACUGGGAAGCUGGUGGCAGAGGCAGAGGGCAGAGGAUCCAGCACAGGGAAUGAGGAGCCAGAGCAGCUUGGGCUGACGUCCAAGGGCUCUGCAGAGGAGCUGUGGCGUCCAUGGCUCUUCCUCCCACAGCACUACUGGGUUUUCUUCUGGCUGCUUCUGCUCAGCAUCGCCUUCCUCCUCCUCGUCCGUGCGCUGGAGCUGCAGAGGCUGCAGCCUGCAGCAUCACCCAAGGCCUAGCUGGACCAGGGAGGGGGAGCUGAGAGCCAUCUCUGCUCCUUCCCCACGGCCCGAAACACCAAACCCCUAGAAUA